CAUGCGACGACCCAGCAGCUGCAAACGUAAACAACCGCAUGGCGUUUCACGGCUGUCUAGCUCGUUUACGGUGGCCACAGAUGUCCAAAUCGACGAUGGGUUUCGUUCAGGGUUUGCAAUGUCGUUCAUCGGUUUGUCGACUUUACCCCCGCUGCUACCAUGCGUUUGGGCCGAUAGCGAGCCCUUCUCAUUUGGACCGGUGCAAUGGUCGUCUUCAGGCAUACUCGGAAAGAGUCCAGACCCCUUGGAGAAGCUUUUCAAGUGAGGCCGUUGGGAAAAUCCAGUCAACACAUUACCACCUGGUGUACACAUGCAAGGUAUGCUCCGCCAGAUCCACGCAAAAGAUCUCCAAGCAGGCGUAUCACAACGGUGUCGUUAUUGUGACAUGUUCGGGAUGCAAGAAUCACCACAUUAUCGCCGACAACUUGGGCUGGUUCACCGAUUUGGAAGGGAAAAGGAACAUUGAGGAGAUCUUGGCUGCCAAAGGAGAGACGGUGAGGAGGCUGGGAGGAACGGAUGCUCUCCAAGUUGUUCUGACCGAGUCCAGCCAGGAGAAAUGUCCUCCAUCGGAAACUGCAAACAAUGACUCGGACAAAGAUACAUGAAUGUGCGAAUCGUCGAGUUUUCUUUUCUACAGUGGUUGUCAUUGUUUGGAUGGCGGAUGAGCUUGUUGUCUAUUUGAGUCCAUUCAAGCCUUUGUUGAAGUGAACAUGGAUGGAUGUGCUGGAGGUAGCUGGAGAAAACCCACACAAGCACAGGAGGGAAUCAUUUGCCAACUCCAGGUUUGGACCCAGAACAUACUGUUAAGCACUGGACCACCGUGCUUCUUGACAUGUGAAGAAAUUGACAAUAAAGCAGACUUUGACUUUUCUCUGGAACAUUUUGUUCGGUUUAACAGAAAAGCAAAAAUAAAAUAAAAUCGUGAACCCAAAA